AUGGAUAUUGUCAUCACAACACAUGGUUACGUGAGACAAAGGUUCACCGACUCGACAAACUAUAAGGCAUGGUUCUACAUGAAGGACUUGAUACCUCAAAAAUAUCUCGCGGUACAACAAGCAAAACCUACCUCUCCAUUCGGCAUGGACGUGUAUGACCAGAUGGUGUUGUUAUCUGGCGGCCAAGCUUUCCGGAACAUCAAAGGGGGAUUCUACAAUACCCCUCAGAAAGCCGUGGACGACCCAAGCUCGCCCGUCAACCAGUUUAUGAAGAUCCUCCUUUCAGCUACUAUAAUCGCAAGGCCCAAAAGCACCCUUAACCUGCCGCCAAUGGUGCGGCACGAGGUGCAGGUCAAUUUCAUCGGUUGCUGGUCACAACUGGAGACCAUCCGCGGUCUCGUCGUUUGA